AUGUCUCACAACCAUAAGUACACGUCAUCAACGGCAUUUCCGGGCGUCGUCAAAGACGUCACUAUUCAAUCACACAUCCCACUGCAACUCAGGUACGGAAACAAGCUGGCCGUAGACGGAGAGAUGUCUGUGGGUGAUGUGAGUACUGUGUUCUUUUCUGUGGUCAUGGGUGCGUUUGCCAUAGGACAGGCCGUCCCUUCAGUCACCGCCUUCUCCGAGGGCACGGGCACUGCUUGGUACAUCUUCAAUGUGAUCGACCGAAAGCCCGAGAUUGACAAUAUGAGCACGGAGGGUCAAAUUCCAAAGUCGUGUAAAGGCAACAUCAAGUUCGAGGAUGUCGAUUUUAAAUAUGCAUCGCGAGAGGAGAAGAUUCUCAACAAAAUGAACUUUUCAAUCGAUGGGGGAAAGACGCUCGCCUUAGUCGGUCACAGUGGCUGCGGUAAGAGUACCUGCAUCCAGUUGCUCGAGCGUUACUACGACGUUAGCGGGGGCAAGAUCAGCGUAGACGGAGUGGAUAUUCGCGACUUGAACAUUCAGUGGUUGCGGUCACAGAUUGGUAUCGUCAGUCAAAUGCCCACUCUGUUCGCGAAGAGUAUUGGCGAGAACAUUGCCAUGGGCGCCGCUAUUGAAGAGGACGAUAUCAUUGCUUCGGCAAAGGCGGCUAACGCACACAAGUUUAUCUCCAGAUUGCCCCAAGGCUACGAUACAUUGGUGGGUGAUCGUGGCGCCCAGUUGAGUGGUGGCCAGAAACAGCGGAUCGCCAUUGCACGCGCACUGAUCCGCGAUCCCACCAUUAUGCUGUUGGAUGAAGCUACCAGUGCUCUCGAUUCCGAGAGCGAGCGCAUUGUACAGGAAGCACUGGAGAAGGCGUCUGAGGGACGAUCAACCAUUGUCAUUGCGCACAGACUGACUACGGUGCAGAAUGCAGAUGCCAUUGCCGUGGUAGAGGCGGGACAAAUUGUAGAGAUUGGUACGCACCAGGAGCUACUAGCAAAGGGUGGUGCAUACAGCGAGUUCGUGCAAUUGCAACAGAUGAAAGCAGAAGACCCCGACCCAGAAGAGGAGCAGAUGGUCGACGAAAUGUACCAUGAAGCUACCGACCCCAUGGCCAGACAGGGGAAGCGCAACAGUGUGCUAUCUAACCACUCAUCGUUCAAGCAUUCGUCCAUGAAGCGUAUAUCCACAAAACAUUCAGUUGGCGUGCGCGAACGGGUGCAGUACUUGAGGAAAGAGGGGGCCGAUCAACCUCCGGCAGUUGAUGAGAUAAAAGACGUUGAUGACGGCGUCAUAAAACGGGCUUUCCAAAUGAACGCAGACGAGUGGAAACUGAUUGCUCUUGGUCUCCUCGGUAACCUGGGCAUGGGGGCUGUGUGGCCCGGGUUUGCCAUCAUCUUCUCACAACUCAUCACGGUGAUGACUGAGCAGAACCAGGACGAUGUGAACUUCUGGUCGCUGAUGUUUGUGGCUCUGGGCGUUGCCGUGUUCUUCGUCCAAUGGCUGGCUAUUACACCUCUUGCCAUCAGCGGUGAACAACUCACUCAGAAGAUGCGUUUGGCAUCGUUCAAGGCAAUUAUGAGGCAAGAUGUUGGGUUCUUUGACGAUCGCAACAACUCCGUGGGAGUACUCACAGCCCGUCUCAGCACUGAGGCCGCUGACGUGCAGGGAGUGACUGGUAACCGUCUGGGCAGUCUGGUCAAUGUAAUCGCUACUAUGGGACUUGGGUUGACAAUCGCGUUCACGCAAUGCUGGCUGUUGGCGCUGGUGGUACUUGCCUGUGUACCGGCUAUUGGUAUCGGAGGCAUGCUGCAGAUGAAGAUGAUGACUGGCUUCCAAAAGGACGGUAACGUUAUGUUCGAGAAGGCCGGAAGCAUCGCAUCGGAAACUGUGGACUCAAUCCGAACUGUACUAGCAAUUAACGCCACUGAUGAACAGAUCGAGCAGUAUGAGGAGGAAUUGAUGGCCCCAUACAAGGCCACCGUCAAAUCCUCACAGAUUGCUGGUGUUGGUUUCGGUUUUUCCGAGUUCUGCAUGUUCGCCAUCUGGGCGUUGGCGUUCUGGUUCGGUGCGGGGUUGGUUGACGAUGGAGAGUGUAGCUUCGACCAGAUGCUGAUGGCGAUCAACGCUAUUGUAUUUGGUGCCAUGAUGCUGGGACAGGUUUCUGCUAUGAUGCCCGAUGCCGGUAAAGCAGCGAUUUCUGCUACGAAAGUGUUCCGUCUGCUUGACCGCGUGCCUCCCGUAGACAGUGAGAGCACUGAGGGCGAGUCCAUCCAGAACGUAGUAGGCAGCAUCGACUUCAAAGGACUGCAGUUCUCCUACCCCACACGCCGUGAGGUGACUGUGUUAAAAGAUCUCCACGUCAGCAUAGCGCCUGGUAAGAUCCUGGCGCUUGUUGGUGAGAGUGGAUGCGGAAAAUCCACGCUUAUCGCUUUGACGGAGCGUUUCUACCAGUUACAGGAUGGUACCAUCACCAUCGAUGGCAGGGACAUUACCAAGCUCAACAUCAUGUCUAUGCGUGAUCAGAUUGGGUUGGUCAACCAGGAGCCCGAUCUGUUCAAGACAAGCGUACGCAACAACAUUGCAUAUGGACGUAUGAAGGAGAACGACGUUCCAGUAACCGAAGAGCAGAUCAUCGAGGCGGCUAAGAUGGCCAACGCACACGAUUUCAUUAUGAAAUUACCACAAGGCUACGACACCGAUGUUGGGGACAGAGGUUCACAGCUGAGUGGAGGCCAGAGACAACGGGUGGCCAUUGCACGAGCCCUGGUGAGAAACCCGCGCAUUCUAUUAUUAGACGAGGCCACGUCCGCCCUAGACUCUCAGAGUGAAAGGUUGGUACAGGAAGCGCUCGACGUGGCUUCAAAGGGACGCACCACCAUUACAAUUGCACACAGGCUAUCGACCAUCCAGAACGCCGAUACCAUCGCGUUUGUCAAGGAAGGUGUGAUUGUGGAGAGUGGAACGUACCAGGAGCUGAUGAAGAAGGAUGGUCACUUUGCACAGUUGGUGAAGACACAGGGCCGCACGAUGUAGGAGACAGAUGAUAUGUAUGUCAUAUUAGAAUUACAGAAAGAUGACACUUGCACAGUUGGUGAAGACGCAGGGCCGCACGAUGUAGGAGACAUA